CAAACCCUUUUCUUUUCUCCCUCUUCUCAAUAUACCCUUUUUAUUUCUCUCUCCAAAAUCUCUGUUUCUCUCUCUCUCCCCGUAUGGACCCAGGGCUUGAUCCACCGGCGACUGACGAACCAGCCGUUCACAUAGCUUAUGCAGCGAACCCGACCCCAAGCCAUGCCGUUAUCCACAACCACCCACCAUAUGCUGAGAUGAUAACGACGGCAAUAACGGCGUUGAAGGAAAGGAAUGGGUCGAGUAGAACAGCCAUAGCGAAGUACAUAGACAAGGAGUACUCAAACCUGCCACCGAGUCACUCAGCCUUGUUGACCCACCAUUUGAAGCGGUUGAGGAACACGGGUCAACUCGUCAUGGUCAAACACUCUUACAUGCUCCCUAGAUCUGUUCCUCCUGGUAACAAUGCCAACGGGUAUGCUCCUUCUUCCGAUGGACCUAAACGUGGGCCUGGUCGUCCUCCUAAGCCCAAUCCCAAUGCAAAUCUUGAGGCCCGUAUUAAUCCUGGAGAAGCUGGGUCUGAUGUGUAUCCUCCAACAGCUGGGCUUGAGGCCCAUAUUAAUCCUGGUGUUCUGGGGUCUGAUGUGUAUGCACCAGUAUCUGGGCAUGAGGCCCAUAUUAAUCCUGGUGUUCUUGGGUCUGAUGUGUAUUCUCCUUCUUCUAGCGGUUCAAAACGUGGGCCUGGUCGUCCUCCUAAGCCCAAGACUAAUACUAAUCAUGAGGCCCAGAUUAAUCCUGGAGUUGUUGGAUCCGAGGCAAUGUUGUUUUCGCUUGGGCUUGUUGAUGGACCACCACCUAUGCUGGCUAAGAGAGGCCCAGGCCGUCCACAAAAGGUUAAGACUAGGUUGGUGGGCGUAGAAUCUGGUGGCCGAAUGUUGACUAAGAGAGGCCCUGGACGUCCUCCAAGGCCCAAAUCUUUGUCAGUAGUAUUGGGCCAAGGUGGGCCGAAGAGGGGCCCCGGACGCCCUCCUAGAAGUGGACCUAGGGGCGUUGUUGCUGGUGUAAAGCCAAGAGGCAGGCCCAAGAAGGACGGUUCUUCCACGGUGAAGCGGCCCGGAAGGCCACGUGGCAGGCCGCUGAAGAUUGUGGCAGUUGCUGUUGGCAGUGGCGGUGAUGCCGCUGCAGGAUUGGGUCCUCUGAGUAAUGACGGUAAAGUGUUACCGGGGAAGCGGAGGGGUCGUCCGCCAAUGGCUGCUGGGCCUAAAAUGCCUAGAAAAUUUACUGGGAAACCUUUGGGCCGGCCCAGAAAGGUAAAUUCAUUUCUAUUCUUCUUUUGUUUACCAAUAGGACUUCAAGAAAAAAAUUCAAAAACACCACUAGAUAAGGAAAAUGCAAUUUUGAGCACAGUUAAACUUAAUGACCAAGUGUCACAGAGACCUAAUUAUUUGAGCACAGUUACGUGA